UUUAAACGUUUACUUGCUGAUCCAGGAUCAGCAAUUUCGCCUAAAAACGUUCCAGGACUUUGCUAUGCAGCUGUGCUGUUUCAACUGGAGCACGUCUAUUGCGUACAAUAUGUAGCCGAGUUGGUUAGCUAGCGCACCAUUGUCCGUAGACACAUGUAAGACAACUAUAUAUUCACAGCUGGACGGUGCUAACGUAAGCAUGUACUUAGCGCUGGUUCUAAGAUGUAGUCGACGAUUUUGUCAUUUUGCUGAAAAAUCCCGCGAGCAAUGUUGCUACAUGAUAUGUGGCAGGCAGCACAUCUCAGAAUUUAUGAUUAUCGACCAAAAACAAACUCGUGGAUUCAAGACUUCUCCAGUCACCUGGAAUAGUUACUUUCACAAAAAGACAGACGUAAUUACUCACGGGCUACAGAGAAGACAUGCUUCGUCUGAAGGCAACAAUGUAAGAGUGAGGUUUGCUCCAAGUCCAACAGGUUUUCUGCACCUGGGAGGACUGCGGACUGCGCUGUACAACUUCAUUUUUGCCAAGAAACAUGGCGGCACCUUCAUUUUGAGGAUGGAGGACACUGAUCAGAGCCGUCUUGUCCCAGGUGCAGCAGAUGGGAUAGAGGAUAUGCUGGAAUGGGCUGGAAUACCUCCUGACGAAAGUCCACGGACAGGGGGUGAUUUUGGUCCUUAUCAACAGUCACAGAGACUGCAUAUGUACAGCCAAGCGGCUCAGAUAUUAGUGGACAAAGGUGCAGCCUAUCACUGCUUCUGCAGCCCACAGAGACUAGAGUUAUUGAAGAAAGAAGCCCUCCGGAGCAGGCAGACACCUCGGUACGAUAACAGGUGCAGGCACCUGCGUCCAGACCAGGUGGCGGAGAAGUUGGGCCAAGGGCAACCUCAUGUGAUCCGUUUCCGCCUGCAGGAGGGUGUGGCGCCUUUUGAGGACAUGGUGUUUGGCUGGAACAGGCAUGAGGUGGCUGCAGUAGAGGGGGAUCCCGUCAUCAUGAAAGCUGAUGGUUUCCCUACAUACCACCUGGCCAAUGUGGUGGAUGACCAUCACAUGCAGAUCAGCCACGUGCUGAGGGGCACAGAAUGGCUCAUCUCCACCUCUAAACACCUGCUCAUGUACAGGGCCUUUGGGUGGACUCCGCCCACCUUUGGACAUCUUCCUCUCCUGCUGAAUAAGGAUGGCAGCAAGCUCUCCAAGCGCCAGGGUGACAUCUUCAUAGAGCACUUCGCCAAAGCAGGAUCCUUGCCUGAAGCUCUGCUUGAUAUCAUAACAAACUGUGGGUCAGGAUUCACAAACAAUCGUGCAGGGAGGAAUCUGGAUGAACUGAUUUCAGAAUUUGAAGCCUCAAGAAUAACAACCCAUUCUGCACUUCUAGAUCUGGAGAAACUGCCUGAGUUUAAUAGGAUUCAUUUAAUGCAGAGAAUUAAUGAUGAGGAGAAAUGUGGCUCUCUGGUGAAGGAUUUGCAGGGCCUCAUCGAGGAGACAUAUGGGUCACACAUCCAGGAGAGCGAUGUCCUGCACAGCGAGUACAUCAAAUGUGUCCUCCACCUUCGAAAGGGUCACAUACAUCGUCUCCAAGACCUGGUGACUCCUGCAUACUCCUACCUGUGGGUGAGACCCUCUGUUCCUCGAGGACAGCUAGAGGGAGUCUCCUCUGAAGCUGAUACUAUUAUCACCCUUGUGCUGGAGUUGAUUCAGAGGCAUAGCAAAGAGUUCACUACUGAAUCCCUUAAUGUGGAGUUGAAAGGACUGGCAAAAAAGAUGAAGUCAACAAAAUACAGUGGAAUAAUGAAAUUUCUACGUUUAGCUCUGAGUGGCCAACAGCAAGGACCAAGUGUGGCUGAAAUGAUGGUGUCUUUGGGACCUCAUGAAAUUUGCCAUCGUUUACAGAAACUGCUACAACAGUGACUGAAAACCUGAUAAUGUUCUUUUCCAUGAUAAUCAGAAUUUAAUGACAAUGGUUUAGCUGGCAUUCUCUUAACAAUCCCACUAGAAUGGCAAGGAUUAUUUACAGCUUGAAAAGGAUUUUUUU